GAAGUGUUGACUCCGACCGCGACCACAACAACGACCACCAGGUAGCGGCCCAUAAACGCACCACAGGCUGCAAGAGUUCACAAAACCAAUCUGAAGAUGCGAAGGAUCCUCUUUGUUCGAGGAUUUUUUCCUACCACUCGUGCCAGAGACCUCGCGCACGAGUUCGAGCGAUAUGGACCACUCGUCCGUUGUGAUGUUCCUGCACCUCGAAACCCUCACGCAAGUCACUCACCUUACGCAUUCGUCGAAUUUCGAAGCAAUCGAGAUGCGGAAGAUGCUUAUCACGAAAUGGACGGCCGCCAAUUUGAAGGUGCCCGUUUGAGCGUUGAAUGGGCCAAGAAUCCACCCUCCUCCGUUUGGCGCUUCGAUCGACGUACUUCGCCACCUCAUCGUUCAUCCCGUUCUGACAGGGACAGAGACCGUUCUCGUAGUCCAAGACGUAACGAUCGUGAUCGCGACCGCUAUACUGACGAAAAACGGGACCGUUUCGUUGACGACAGAGAAUCUCGCCGGGGGGAUCGUUAUGCUGAUGACAGAGACCGUCGGGACAGGGGAGACAGGGACAGAGAGAGGGAUCGAUAUCCCGACGACUCUAGGGACCGUCGAGACCGGGAGCGUUACGAUGACCGUGGUGACCGUGGCCGUGGAAGGGGCGAACGGGAACGUCGGAGGAGCAGCCGAAGUCCACCACUGGCCUCUGUGAAUGGAGAUCGUUAUGCCGAGAGACCUGCGGAGCGUAGGAGAAGUUUGAGUCCUACUGACCGUAGAGACAGAGCUAGGACUCCUCCACCUCCACCUAUGGCGAUGGCGAUGGCGGCGGAUAUAAGAGACUCCAGAGAUGGACGAGGUGAUAGGGCUGUAACGCCGACAGGAUAUGCGCAUUGAAAAAAGCAGGGAAGUUUGUUCGGAAAACAAUGAUUUUCUCUUUUUUCCCCCAUUGUUUUAUAGACUUCGCCUGCACUACAUUAAGUUACUGGACAUCUCUUCCUUUUUUAUUUACCUUGCUCUCUUUCUUGAAGUGGUUUGUGACACUGUUUCUUUUUCUUUCUUGUUACUUAUAUCAGCCCACAAACCGUACCCACCCCCGUAACUGUAUCAUAUUGAACCUCAUGCGAUUUUCGUAAUUCAGGUAAUCGCGUUGCUCAACUCUUUUUUGUACCUUCCGUUUCGAGCGUUGUGUACUUAUGAAGAGUAUUUCUUGGAAUUAAAUCGUUCGCCUCCCC